UCCUAUCUAAUUUAUUUAAAACAUCUAAAGUUCUCCUAAAUCCAGUUCUGUAUAACAUAAAAUUUUGCGUCAUGCAGUUGUUUAGUUGUAUCGUUCUUUGUGUGUUGGUAAGUUUCGUAGCAUGUGACUUCGCCUGCUUCAAUCGCACGUUAGCAAGUUGUGAAACAGAUUAUAUGUUGAAUCAUAAAAUAAAAGAUUUCUCAUUUUGCGAAUUAUCACCUCCUUUUUCGGGAUGCAUCGUCGAAGCAGCUGAAGAAUGCAAAACUGGAUUUGAAGAUGUGGCGCGCAUGGCUUUUUCAAUUCAAACAGACAUCUGCACUGAAGGAACUCCAUCCAACCAAGCAUUAAAGAAUGAUCCAAAAUGUUCAAUUGAAACAAUGAUGGACUCAGAGGGAUGCCACGGCGUUCUUGAACAACCUCAAAUAAUGAAUCCUAAAGAUGUAUCUUGCAAUUUUGAAUACGUAGAAACUGUGCGAAAAUGCAUGUUUCGCAAAUUUGAAACUUGUCGGCCAGCAACACAAAAGGUAUUUCGUGCUUUCUUUGGAAGUCAAAUUCACUUAAUGAAGAAAAUAUGCGACUUAAUGCCUUCAUCAUAAGAAAUGUGGAAAAAGAAUUAAGUACAUGAGUUGUUUUCUGAAAACUAAAAUGUGUACCAAACUAUCUAAAUAAAAGAUUUUGUCUUA